AUCUUGCUUGCACUAUAAAUACCUUCUUAUAUUUGAGUUGAAAGUAUCAUUCCGUCAAACAACAACUCUACCAAAUAUCAAUCUGUUCUUUUCACAAGACUCACUACUCAUACACUUGAAGAUGACCAACAACACUGCAGGGCAUGUGAUCAAAUGCAAAGCCGCCGUGGCUUGGGAGGCGGGGAAGCCGCUGGUGAUCGAGGAGGUGGAGGUGGCGCCGCCGCAGAAGAUGGAGGUCCGGCUGAAGAUCCUUUUCACUUCUCUUUGCCACACUGAUGUCUACUUCUGGGAAGCCAAGGCUCAAAACUCUGUCUUUCCUCGAAUUCUUGGACACGAAGCUGCAGGGAUUGUGGAGAGUGUCGGAGAGGGCGUGACAGAACUGGCACCAGGUGAUCACGUGCUCCCCGUGUUCACCGGCGAAUGUGGGGACUGUGCUCACUGCAAAUCCGAAGAAAGCAAUAUGUGCAGCCUGUUGAGGAUCAAUACUGACAGGGGAGUGAUGAUCCACGACGAAAAACCUCGGUUUUCAAUCAACGGGAAGCCUGUUUAUCACUUUGUUGGCACAUCUACCUUCAGUGAAUACACUGUGGUCCAUGUUGGCUGUCUUGCCAAAAUCAACCCUCUUGCUCCCCUCGACAAAGUCUGCGUCCUCAGCUGUGGGAUCUCCACAGGCCUCGGCGCUACAUUGAAUGUUGCAAAGCCGAAAAAGGGAUCAUCUGUCGCUGUUUUCGGACUCGGAGCAGUUGGGCUUGCUGCUGCUGAAGGGGCAAGAUUGGCCGGCGCAUCGAGGAUAAUAGGAGUCGACUUAAACUCAGCCAGAUUCGAAGAAGCUAAGAAAUUUGGCGUGACUGAAUUCGUGAAUCCAAAGGACAGUGAGAAGCCAGUUCAGGAGGUCAUUGCUGAGAUGACGGACGGGGGAGUGGAUCGAAGCGUGGAGUGCACCGGAAACAUCAACGCUAUGAUUUCUGCAUUUGAAUGUGUUCAUGAUGGAUGGGGUGUUGCUGUCCUGGUUGGCGUCCCGCAUAAAGAUGCUGUCUUCAAGACACAUCCGAUGAACUUCUUGAACGAAAGGACGCUCAAAGGUACAUUCUUCGGGAACUACAAACCGCGCAGCGAUCUUCCAUCUGUCGUUGAGAUGUAUAUGAACAAGGAGCUUGAAUUGGAGAAAUUCAUCACUCAUGAGGUUCCAUUUGCUGAGAUUAACAAGGCUUUCGAGCUGAUGCUCAAAGGGGAAGGACUUCGCUGCAUCAUAAAAAUGUAAUGAUAAGAUAUUCGAUCAAGAAACUGUCCUAAGAUCAAUCCAUAUGUGUGCAAAUUUGUUUCUUGUAAUUCAGAGUGUUCAGUCUGUUGAUAAUUCAAUAAAAUUACCUGCUUCGACACCA